AUGCCAUUGUAUAUGAUUGAUCACCAUUACUACACAUUUCGUAUAGAUAAUACAGACCAUAUAAUUGAUGUAAACAAAGGAAACUUAGCAUUCGAGUUCGAUCAAGUGCAUAUUAUAUGUCCCGUAUAUGAACCAGGCACCUUCGAAAAUGAAACGGAAAAAUAUAUAAUAUAUAAUGUAUCAAAAGUGGAGUACGAGACAUGUCGGAUAACAAAUGCAACUCCGCGCGUUAUAGCCAUUUGUGAUAAACCGCAAAAAUUAAUGUUCUUUACAAUAACAUUCCGGCCAUUUACACCACAGCCAGGUGGUUUGGAGUUCCUUCCUGGAAAUGAUUAUUAUUUCAUUUCAACUUCAUCGAAAGACGAUCUCUAUCGACGAAUAGGUGGGCGGUGCUCCACAAAUAAUAUGAAAGUGGUUUUCAAAGUGUGUUGUGCGCCUGAAGAUAAAAACAAAACGUUAAUAAACACUGGUAGCUCCAGCAGUUCAUCUUCUACUGGUAGCACCAGCGCUGGCGGUACUAUUAUUGGUAUAAACACGGCUGACGGCAAUGGCCUUACAACAGGUAUUGAUAAUGCUGCCAAUAUGGAUGUUGCCAGUACUCAGACCAAUAUAAAUCAACAUCAACAUAUGAGUAAUAUAAACACAAUUGGAAUCAAUGGGGUAAAUACAGGUUUAAUACCAAUCGGCGGUGUUCAUAUUGGCGUCAACAGCGCCGUUGGCGUAAGCAAUAGUGGUAUGCAAAUGAAACCGAUGAAUGGCGGUAGUGGUACAUCAAUCAAUACUAAUAUUGAUCAGUUCAAUCGUAUACCAAUACAAGCUGGCGGCAUUAACGUCAUGGGGAAUAAUGUUGGUGGACUUGGUGGUAUUGGCCUUGGUGGCCACGGCGGCGGUGGUAUUAUGCUAUCACCAGGAGGUCAAGGAGGCAUAAACAUGAUCUCGAGUGGUGUAGGUAUUGGUAUCGGUCAAUAUCCUGGUCACUCUGGACAGACUGGUAUACGCAUUAACAACGUCGCGUCCCAGCAACAUCAUGCAACGCAUAAGAACAAUAAUAAUGACGAUCAUUAUGACAAGCAUCCAAAUGAAGUAGUGAAAAAUGAGGAGUUGACCUAUAAUAGCGGGGCAGCGUCAAUGAAACCCUGGUCUUUUUGGACGACCAUUAGUACAGCAACAAGUUGGCUUGUCUUCAAUAUAUACAGAUGGUUAUUGAAACGAAGUAGAACCAUAGGAGGUAUAUUGUUUCUAUCGAGAUUUUCCAGCAAUUGUGAAUUCGGAGAAAGAUCACGGACGGCAGCACAACUACAGAGCGAGUAUAUUCAAAUUAAUACUAAACUGUUACAACUUUACCUGCAGUGCUUUGUAAAACUUAAGUAUUUAGUAUUUAAAUACUACGACUUAAUUAUCUCUAUCAAUGUAAUAGUUGCUGCAACUAUAUAUGGGUUACAAUUUGAUAUACAAAACACCGCCAUGAAGGGUAAAACACCUCAAUUAAAAUUGUAUACAGCAAGGUGUGGAUCAAAGUCAAGUUCAGCUGGUAAAUUUGUAAUAGCGCCUCAUUUUACAAUCGCCAUAUGUAAUUCAAAAGUAAACCGAAAAUUUUUGUAUGUGCAUUUGUCUGGGUCUGUUAAAUCCUUAAGAUGUUAUUCGGCAGGUUUUAUUUUCUUAUUGCAUGAAAUUGGUAUAUCUCAUAAUGCAUCUACUCCUGUGACUAUUUCUGCGUUUAGUUCUAAAUAUUUUCUUAUAGUCAGGCGACAAGAAGACCAAAUUGCAUCAAAUACCGGCAUGCUGCAAAAUGCCAGUCUGUUACUGAUCAAAAAUUCCCGUAGUCAAAUAUCUAGUGUUAAUGUAAAAGUGAAAAGAUUUCGGUGAACAUUUUAAGAGAGGUGGAUUAUAAAAACGUACCAGAAAUUAAAGUUAAUAUUUAGAAUUAACUAGCUUCAGCGUUAAACAGGUAUAAUGAGGUAUAAAAAAUUAAAUAUAAUGUAUUGGUUAAAUGUUCUAAUAUUGUGGAUACAUGGUAAUUGUGUUGUAUAUACAUUUGCACCUAUCUCUACCCUAGCUUAACCGUUUGUACAUAUACAUAUU